CCCUUCUAGUAUCUGUAGGCAUACUACACCCGUACAGAUUGAAAAUCCACAAACAACCAAGAAGAACAUAACAGACCUUAAAUGGAAGGAGAAACUUUUUUUUUUUUUUUUUUUUGAGCCAGGGUUUAAACCAGGUUCGACUUGAACCCAGAGAUCUACCUGCCUCUGCUUCCAGAGUGCUGGGAUUAAAAGUGUGCUCUCACUGCCCAGCUGAGGCUUUCUUUUAACAUCUAGCAAAGAACUUUAUUAAAAAGCAUAACUUCAUAGACAGGGUGAUGGGGAAGAUGGUGGAGUUGAGGUAGGGGUAAUUUAGACAUAGAUACUUUUCUCUGGGUUGGAAGCAGAGAUAGCAAAAUGUUUUUGGGCUUUUGUUGGUCAGUUAGGUAUUGAAAUGUUAUGACUUGAUAUACUCUACCGUUAUUCACAGUUAUGAUUGUGCUUAUGAGUAGAAACUCCAUUUCUUUGGCUGUUUUUUGUUUCUAAGCCUGCUAAGACUCAGUUUAUUAAAUCUUUUCAGACAGCCUAACAUUCAGCCACCAGAGUUCAACACUCAGAACCAUCUAUUACCAUCCCCCUGCUUUAUCUCCAGCCCUGUGUUUUUUUGAUUUCUGUAUUUUAAUGAUUUUAGGCAAUGACUAGAGUAAGAUUGGACUUCUUGGAUCAACUGGCAAAAUUUUGGGAACUUCAAGGAUCUACAUUGAAGAUCCCUGUGGUGGAAAGAAAAAUCCUGGAUUUGUAUGCUUUAAGCAAGAUUGUUGCCAGCAAAGGAGGUUUUGAAAUAGUCACCAAAGAGAAGAAAUGGUCUAAAGUGGGUAGCCGNUUGGGAUAUCUGCCAGGAAAAGGAACUGGGUCUCUUUUGAAGUCACACUAUGAAAGAAUUCUCUACCCAUACGAGCUUUUCCAAUCUGGUGUCAGCCUUAUGUCAGACUCUGGAGAAGUAAAUAGAAACACAGAACUGAAGAAACUUCAGAUUUUUGGGGCUGGACCCAAAGUUGUGGGCCUGGCAGUAGGAGCAAAAGAUAAAGAAGAUGAAGUCACCCGAAGAAGAAAAGUUACCAACAGGUCAGAUGCAUUUAACAUGCAAAUGAGACAACGGAAAGGAACUCUCUCUGUUAACUUUGUUGAUCUCUAUGUUUGCAUGUUUUGUGGUCGAGGAAAUAAUGAGGAUAAACUGCUUUUGUGUGAUGGGUGCGAUGACAGCUAUCAUACAUUCUGUCUACUUCCACCACUACCUGAUGUGCCCAAAGGAGACUGGAGGUGUCCUAAAUGUGUUGCUGAGGAAUGUAACAAACCUCGAGAAGCCUUUGGAUUUGAGCAAGCUGUAAGAGAAUAUACACUUCAAAGCUUUGGAGAGAUGGCAGAUAAUUUUAAGUCUGAUUAUUUCAAUAUGCCAGUCCAUAUGGUUCCUACAGAGCUAGUAGAAAAAGAAUUCUGGCGGCUAGUAAGUAGCAUUGAAGAAGAUGUUAUUGUAGAGUAUGGAGCUGAUAUCUCUUCAAAAGAUUUUGGAAGUGGAUUUCCUAAAAAGGAUGGUCAAAGAAAGAUGUUGCCUGAAGAAGAGGAAUAUGCACUUUCUGGUUGGAAUUUGAAUAACAUGCCUGUUCUGGAGCAGUCCGUUCUUGCACAUAUUAAUGUGGACAUUUCUGGUAUGAAGGUGCCAUGGCUCUAUGUGGGAAUGUGCUUUUCUUCUUUUUGCUGGCAUAUUGAAGAUCACUGGAGUUAUUCCAUUAACUACUUGCAUUGGAUUCAUUCCUCUAAUUACACCAUGUGGAUCCUGGAGAUUGAAUUCAGGUCAUCAGGCAUGGUGUACAGGACUAAUCAGUGUGCUGGAGAGUUUGUGGUGACCUUUCCUCGUGCCUAUCACUCUGGAUUUAACCAGGGAUACAACUUUGCCGAAGCGGUGAACUUCUGUACUGCUGACUGGUUGCCCAUUGGACGUCAGUGUGUAAAUCACUAUCGACGGCUCAGGCGCCAUUGUGUCUUUUCACAUGAGGAACUCAUUUUCAAGAUGGCAGCAGAUCCAGAAUGCUUAGAUGUGGGGCUGGCUGCCAUGGUAUGCAAAGAGUUGACUCUCAUGACUGAAGAAGAAACCCGACUAAGGGAAUCAGUUGUUCAAAUGGGUGUCGUGAUGUCAGAAGAAGAAGUCUUUGAACUUGUUCCUGAUGAUGAACGGCAGUGUUCAGCAUGCAGAACUACAUGUUUUCUCUCAGCUCUCACAUGCUCCUGUAAUCCGGAGCGACUUGUAUGUCUGUAUCAUCCAACUGAUUUGUGCUCUUGCCCCAUGCAGAACAAAUGUCUUAGGUACCGCUAUCCACUAGAAGACCUUCCAUCUCUGCUUUAUGGUGUCAAAGUGAGAGCACAGUCCUAUGACACUUGGGUCAAUCGUGUUACAGAAGCAUUGUCAGCUAGCUUCAACCAUAAGAAAGAUUUGAUUGAAUUGAGAGUAAUGCUGGAAGAUGCUGAGGAUAGGAAAUAUCCAGAGAAUGAUCUCUUUCGAAAGCUGAGGGACGCGGUGAAAGAAGCUGAGACCUGUGGUUCUGUGAACUCUAGGAUUGCUAAGGCUUUAAUUCAUAGGAGAGUAGGAGCCCCAUUUGAUAUCAGAUUGACUGUAUUUUUCUAUGUCUCAAUAUUAUUUCAUAUCAGGCAGAGCUCAGAUAGUGGGAAGACUCGGACCAAACUGACAGUAGAAGAAUUGAAGGCCUUUGUCCAACAACUUGUUAGUCUUCCGUGUGUCAUCAGCCAAACUCGACAAGUAAAGAAUCUGCUGGAUGAUGUAGAAGAAUUUCAUGAACGUGCCCAGGAGGCCAUGAUGGAUGAAACCCCAGAUUCUUCCAAACUCCAAAUGUUAAUAGACAUGGGCUCUAGUCUCUAUGUGGAGCUACCUGAAUUGCCCCGACUAAAGCAAGAGCUGCAGCAGGCUCGAUGGCUGGAUGAAGUAAGACUAACUCUAUCAGAUCCACAACAAGUCACUUUGGAUGUCAUGAAGAAAUUGAUUGACUCUGGCGUAGGCUUGGCACCUCACCAUGCUGUGGAAAAAGCAAUGGCCGAACUACAGGAACUCCUUACAGUCUCUGAACGAUGGGAAGAGAAGGCUAAGGUCUGCCUGCAAGCAAGACCACGGCACAGUAUGGCAAAUUUAGAAAAUAUUGUGAAUGAAGCCAAGAACAUUCCAGCCUUUCUACCCAAUGUGUUGUCCUUAAAAGAAGCCUUACAAAAGGCUCGUGAAUGGACAGCUAAAGUGGAAGCUAUUCAGAGUGGCAACAACUAUGCUUACUUGGAACAGCUUGAGAGCCUAUCUGCUAAAGGACGCCCUAUCCCUGUGCGUCUUGAUGCCUUGCCUCAAGUGGAGUCACAGGUAGCAGCAGCACGGGCCUGGAGAGAACGGACUGGGCGGACCUUCCUUAAAAAGAAUUCCAGCCAUACAUUGUUACAGGUGCUAAGUCCACGAACUGACAUUGGUGUAUAUGGGAGUGGUAAAAACAGGAGGAAAAAAGUAAAAGAAAUAAUAGAAAAAGAAAAGGAGAAGGACCUCGACCUUGAGCCUUUGAGUGACUUAGAAGAAGGACUGGAGGAGUCAAGAGAUACAGCCAUGGUGGUGGCAGUUUUCAAAGAACGAGAGCAAAAGGAGAUUGAAGCCAUGCAUUCCCUCAGAGCAGCCAACCUAGCCAAGAUGACAAUUGUGGAGCGCAUAGAAGAAGUGAAAUUUUGUAUUUGCCGCAAGACAGCCAGUGGGUUUAUGCUACAGUGUGAGCUCUGCAAAGACUGGUUCCAUAACAGCUGUGUUCCCCUUCCUAAAUCUAGUUCCCAGAAAAAGGGGUCCAGCUGGCAGGCUAAAGAUGUAAAAUUCCUUUGCCCUCUUUGCAUGAGAUCUCGGAGGCCAAGGCUAGAGACUAUUCUGUCACUCCUGGUAUCCCUUCAGAAGUUGCCUGUACGGUUGCCNGAAGGAGAAGCACUGCAGUGUUUGACAGAACGUGCCAUGAGUUGGCAAGAUAAAGCACGACAAGCUUUAGCCACAGAUGAACUGUCCUCUGCCCUGGCCAAACUCUCUGUGUUAAGCCAACGUAUGGUGGAACAAGCAGCUAGAGAAAAAACUGAAAAGAUUAUCAGUGCAGAACUCCAAAAAGCAGCUGCCAAUCCAGAUUUACAGGGACACUUACCUAGUUUCCAGCAGUCUGCUUUUAACCGGGUGGUGAGCAGUGUAUCAUCUUCCCCCCACCAAACAAUGGACUAUGAUGAUGAAGAAACAGAUUCUGAUGAAGAUAUUCGGGAGACAUACGGCUAUGACAUGAAGGAUACAGCCAGCGUGAAGUCCUCUAGUAGUCUGGAACCCAAUCUCUUUUGUGAUGAAGAGAUUCCCAUCAAGUCUGAGGAAGUGGUGACUCACAUGUGGACAGCACCUUCAUUCUGUGCAGAGCAUGCAUAUUCUUCUGCUUCUAAGAGUUGUUCUCAAGGUUCUAGCACUCCAAGAAAGCAGCCUCGGAAGAGUCCUUUGGUUCCCAGAAGUUUGGAGCCUCCAGUAUUGGAAUUGUCUCCUGGAGCAAAAGCCCAGUUGGAAGAACUCAUGAUGGUUGGAGACCUCCUAGAAGUGUCUCUGGAUGAGACACAACACAUUUGGCGGAUUUUGCAGGCCACACAUCCACCCUCAGAGGACAGAUUCUUACAUAUCAUGGAGGAUGAUAGCAUAGAAGAGAAACCAUUAAAAAUGAAAGGAAAGGAUUCUUCAGAGAAGAAACGNAAACGGAAGCUAGAAAAGGUAGAACAGCUUUUUGGAGAAGGAAAACAGAAGACCAAGGAGCUAAAGAAAAUAGAUAAACCUAAAAAGAAGAAAUUAAAAUUAAAUGUGGACAAAUCAAAAGAGCUGAAUAAAUUGGCCAAGAAAUUAGCAAAAGAAGAAGAGCGAAAGAAAAAGAAAGAAAAGGCUGCUGCCGCCAAAGUGGAGCUUGUGAAAGAGAGCACGGAGAAGAAACGGGAGAGGAAGGUGCUGGAUAUCCCCUCAAAGUAUGACUGGUCGGGGGCAGAGGAGUCUGACGAUGAGAAUGCUGUGUGUGCAGCCCAAAACUGCCAAAGGCCGUGUAAGGACAAGGGAGUUGUAUUUGUAACGAAGAAGAGAAGAAUAAAAAAUAGUAGUUUUAAAAGUGGCCUAUGUGACUGCUUUUCUAAAAAGGUAGACUGGGUACAGUGUGAUGGUGGCUGUGAUGAGUGGUUUCAUCAAGUUUGUGUUGGUGUAUCCGCAGAAAUGGCUGAAAAUGAAGAUUACAUCUGUAUAAACUGUGCAAAGAAGCAGGGGCCAGAUAGCCCAGGCCAAGCACCACCUCCUCCCUUCCUAAUGAGCUACAAACUACCAAUGGAGGAUCUUAAAGAGACCAGUUAGCAGAUGUCUGGUUAGCUUGAACAUGGGGGGAAGUGGACCACAUUGAGACCUUACUCAUCAAGCAGAGUGGUUCUGACCACUCAGAAUGUUGUUUCCAAAGAUGAAUGGACUUCAGAAAAAGUCCUCUUAGUGCUGGCUUCCUCUCUGCAUGGAUUGUGUGGGCUCCAUUCUCUUAUCAUCUGUGCAGAGGAUGUCUUCUUUGGUGCAGCAGCCAAGUAUUUCAACUCUUGAUUCCUUUGAGUGUGGUUUGCUGAAUUCAGGUCAGGUUCUAAUGGAACUCUCAGGAGGUUGUUUGGCAUAAUACAUUGAUGUGCUUAGUGGGGCAUAUAAGAAGUGGCUUUCAGCCAACUGAUACUUGUUGUAGACGGUUACAACCUACAGGUGGUGCCAUUGGAAGGCCCUGACUGUUUGAAUAUCNUUAGUUAGGAUAAUUGGACAGGAGUCAGAGCACAACUUUGUAAUUACUGACAUUUAUGCCCUACUGAUCCAGUUAAGAGAAGCAGGCCAAAGUUAUCCCUUCUAGAAGUCUUGGAGUGGCAGUGCAGUCUAUGACCUCAGCUGCUUGUGCUUAUUUAGACCAAUAAGAAAAUCCUCCAAAAGAUCCCCUCACUUUCCUCAGGAGGAUGUCAAGCAGGUUAGAACAUCUGAUUAGACUGGAUUCUGGGAAGAAGGGGGUUUUUUUGUUUGNUUGGUUGGUUUGUUUUGUUUUUUUCUUACUUCAAGGCAAGUAGGCCAUUGGUUUGAGAAGUACAACUGGGUCUGUGUUUUAGAAAAGAAAGGUAGGUACACGGAUCCAGGUUUCUGGAGGGAGUAGGGAUGACUAAUGAGAAUGUUUUACUGAGCCUCGGUGAUGCAUGCUUAUCUGGGAAACCCUCAUUCACAAGUAUUCCAGACUCCACCAUGCUUCACGCAUGGCCAUGAGCAAGACUGGCAGAUAACAGCUUUUGCCUUGCAGCCCUAACCCCAAUGCCUGUAGUUUCCAACAUGGCCCCAGCAGAUGUUAAUGAAUAACACCAUGGCUUCAUCAGAGGAUGUGGGGCUGUAGGUCCUCUGGGUGUGAGGCUGUUCUAGUAAAUCCGUUUUUAAAAAGAAAGACUUGUUUUUACUUUUUUCUAAAUGUCUCUGACUACUGACUGUUCUAUAGAUUAUUUUUCCUUUUUUGAUAUACAUAUAUGAAUAUAGAUAUAUAUAUAUAUAUAUUUACUGUUACCAGCAGCGUAUGAUAGAGUUUGAGCAUCAGAAAUCCAUUUGGAAGCUUGCAUUUUCUUUCUGCUUUUUGAUAAAGAAAUCCCAUUCCUUCCUUGUAGUACAAGGAGUUAGCACUUCCUUCUUCAUUCUCACCUAAACGUAUCUUCCACUUUUCUUCUAUUCAAAUAGAUAAUAUAUUUCCUCCAUGUUGGGACUUGUCCCUGUCUGUUGGGCAGCUUGGUCUUAUUCUAGUCAGUGCUGAAUGUUUUGUAUGUCUGAAACUAUGGUGCUGUGCCCCCUCCCUGCCCCCAUUGGGUUCUGUGUUCUUACAAAGGUCUUAGGUGGACUCUGUAAACUCCUGCUAGAAGGAGAAUAAUAUAUUUUAAAGGACAAAAAGGUUUUCUAAAAAUAGUGUUUAUCUUCACUAUCCUUUGUUCUUUAUUUUGGUUUAAGAAUCUGCAAUUUAACUUAAACUCAUCACUUGUCCUGUUAAAGGGGGCAUUGAGCAAACCUAGGAAGUUUGUAGCCUCUGUUCCCCUUUGCUCCAGUCUCUUAAAGAAAUGUCUUCUAGUAACUAGAAGUGAGAUGUACUGUCCAGUUACAGACUGUGUGGGUAUGAGGGUUACCUCAAAAGGCAUCUUAGGAAAAGAAAAGGUUUUCUUACAAAACCCCUUAUCCCAAGUGCUAACCAGGCUUGGCCCUGCUUAGCUUCCAAGGUCAGAGGAGACAUACACGUGCAGGUGGUACGGCUAUAGGUACAACAUCCAAUUUCUGAAAAUACUUUCUCUGGUUUAUACUACCUACUUUUUGGUCUCUUCACUUAAUGUUAAAUAACAUAUCUUGACCAGUUAUGUUGUUUGAAUGUGUUGCUGUGCUUGUUUCUUGAAUUUCCAUCUCAAUGUGAGUGUGAGCUAAGAUUUCAGUAAUGGUUACAAGGUUAAUUAAGUAAAUAGUUAAUUUCACACAUUUUCAUUUUGCCAAACAUGAAGAUUAUCAUGUAAAAAUUUUAUUUGGUUAUUGUUAUAAUGAAAAAAAAAGCACAAUAUUUCUUAACUUUUAGUCUUUGUAAAAGACUUGAGAUACUUGUGAUUUAAAAUUGAGUGUACACCAACCCUUCAGAAAUUUACAAUGUAAAUGAUAGAAUCCAAGAAUACAUUAUACAAUUUUGAUUUUCCUUCCAGUUAACUACUUUUCAUUAACUGUGUUAUCAAUAGUAAGGAGUCAUGAGGAUACUGAGAGGUGACUGUUUUGAGUAAUUUGUGUUCUUUGUACAGUGUUUGUCUGUUGGAGACCUCAAAAAUGGGCAGUCUGUACCUGUGAAUAGCUGCCUGUCAUCUUCUGAUGUUUUGAAACUUUUAAAUAUAUAAUUUAAUUGAUUCGUUUGGCUCUUCUGUACUUAUUUGAAGAAUUUGAUAUGUUUUAACCAUAGAUUUAGACAAAAACUCAGAAGACCAUAAGGGAGGGGGUGGAAAGAUGGCUCAACGGUUAAGAAUCNUGGCUACUCUUCCAGAAGACCCAGGUUCAGUUCUCAGCACUACAUGGUGGCUCACAGCCAUCUGUAAUGUCCUCUUCUGGACGUUACUGCAUUGUACACAUGUGGUAUACAGACAUCCGUUCUGGAAAAUACUCAAAACACAAAUACAAGUAAUUAAAAUGUUUUUUUAAAAAAUUAAGGAUAUAAGAGAAACUAGCACUCUACCCACAAAUUAAAAACCUAUAGUUUGUGAGUCAAUGAAAUAAGAGUCACCUAUUCUACAGUUUGUGAGUCAAUGAAAUAAGAGUCACCUAUUCUACAGUUUGUGAGUCA